UGUAUUUGUUGAGCGGAAGGUGACGCACUGGCAGUCCGGAUGGGGGUUGAGCUUCUUUGCUGGAAUUGGGAAAGAGAAAGAAUUGGGAAGGAGAAAUACCAGAGGCAGAGCGGGCGCUGCCCUCCGCCGCCCAGGUCCAACCCGGCCUCUAGCUUUCGCCCCGCCCCUCCCUGCCCUUGCCCCACCCUAUUCUACUCUCCCUUCGCUCCGCCCCUCCCUCGGUCCGCCCGCCUUCAUUUUGCACUGUGCUCCGCCCACUCGCACCUCUUCCGCCCUGCGCUGCGGCUGCGCGGUACGUCACGUCUUCUAGGCUCGUGGACCGGUUUCCUGGCUCUGGGCUCGGUGCGACUUUUCUUCGGCUCCGCCAUGUGGAGCGGGCGGCAAGGCCGCCUCAGGCCGGUGGGCUGCGUCGUGGAGGAGCUACGGUGCCGUCGGCGGGAGCGGGAGGCAGCACUGCGGAAGGCGCGGAGGGAACAGCAGCUGAUCAGUAAGAGGCUGCUGAGAGACGACGUUCCGGUGGAAGCCGAAGGGGGAUGUGUGGCCAUGAUCCUCGGGGAAGCUGAGAUCCAACAGUUCCUCCAGUUGGCGCAGCGGGGGACAGAGGAAAAAGAGAGAGAGAGGGCUCUGGUCAGCCUUCGUCGAGGCUUGCAGCACCCUGAGACGCAGCGGACCUUCAUCUGGCUGGAGGGCAGCAUGCGGACCUUGGUCGGGCUUCUGACCAGCAACCAAGCCCUGUUGCAGCUAGAGGCCGCUCGGUGCCUUCAUGAGCUCUCUCAUUCUGAGCAGUCUGCGGUGGCUGAGGCCUGCCUGCCAGCCACUUCCUACCUUCUCACCUACCUCUCCGGUCACAGCUCAGACUUUAUAGAGCUCUGUCUGUAUACACUGGGUAACCUGAUUGUGGAGAGUGAGGCUGUGAGAAGGCAGCUCCUGCCACAAGGCAUUGUUCCAGCUUUGGCCGCCUGCAUCCAGUCCCCUCAUCUGACUGUGCUGGAAGCCCUUGGAUAUGCCUUGUCCCAGCUCCUGCAGGCUAAGGAAGCUCCAGAGAUGAUCAUCCCCUCCGUCUUGGGCUCCGCUCUCCCCCAGCAUAUCCUGCGACUGUUGCAACCUGGCCCAAAGCUGAACCUUGGGGUCGCUGUGGAGUUUGCCUGGUGCCUGCACUACAUCAUCUGCAGCCAGGUCAACAACGCCCUGCUUAUCUCCCAUGGGGGUCUAUCCAUUCUGGGGAUGCUGCUAUUGGACGUGGCUGGGGCUGUCCAGAGAACUGAGGAUGCAGGACUGGAGUUGCUGGCAUGCCCUGUGCUUCGGUGUCUAAGCAACUUGCUAACAGAAGCAGCAGUGGAGGUUAUGGGAGGGCCAAAUCAGCUCGAAGAUGAGCAUGUUGUGGCGGCCUUAUUUAUCCUUCUGCAGUUCUUCCUCCAGAAACAGCCCAGCCUACUUCCUGAGGGCCUCUGGCUCCUUAACAACCUCACUGCAAAUAGUCCUUGUUUCUGUACCUCCUUGCUCUCUAUGGAUCUGAUCGAGCCCCUCUUGCAGUUGCUGCCAGUUUCUAAUGUGGUCAGCGUAUUGGUGCUCACAGUUCUAUGCAACGUGGCAGAGAAGGGUCCUGCUUACUGCCAACGUCUGUGGCCAGGGCCCUUGCUCCCCUGCUUGAUGGGCACGCUGGCCUCCUCUGACACCGAAGUAGUAGGUCAGAGUUUAGAGCUGCUGCAACUGCUGUUCCUCUAUCGGCCAGAGGCUGUGGAGGCCUUUCUGCAGCAGUCAGGGCUGCAGGUCCUAGAAAAGCAUCAGGAGGAGGCACAGCUCCAGGAACGAGUGCAUGCUCUUCAGCAGACAGCUCUUCACAGGUGACCUGGCUUCUCGAUGUCACUCAUUCAACUCAUCACCUCCCCCACUCUCAAUUUCUUUGCCCUUGGAUCCCCUUUUGAGGACUUAGAAGCAUAAUGACAUCUCGUGCUCUCUGCUCCUAUGUCUGGGACAGAAUAAAGUUUUAUUUUUAUAUUAAACUGCUUUGCCUCGGUGGCAGCACGAUAAGUGGCGGAGGGUAAAACGAGGACAAGAACAUCCAGAGAUGGCAUUUUUCAGCACAAGCUUUAUAAAGAACAAAUGAACACUUUUUUUAUAUUGUACUCAGUCCAAAAGAGGCCAAGCUGUAGGGCUGUUGCUGUUAACAAUCAGUGGAGGCUUCAGGCUUUGCCACUUAGCACAUUCUCCACAGCUCUGGUUACCUGAUCAGCACUGAAGUUGUUCAAAGAGACAUUCUUCUCUUGUCCAAAUGCUGAGGAGAGAGAAAGGGGACUAAAUAUCUAGUAUGCACCGUGGGGGUUACCAAAAUAUUAAAAGAUCUUUGUCUUCAACUUUGUCUUGUUAGAAUGGAAAAAGUAGUAUAGAGAUAUGACCGAGGUGUAUUUGGGAUGCCUAGAAUUUAUCCAGGGGGUCUCAAACACAUCUAGGAAGCCCAGGUCCUAGGAAGUCUAGAAUUGUGGCUGAUUCUGGGUGGCAGCAGUGGGAAGGAAGGUGUUUCAGGGAAGUUUUUAUUAACCACUAUGAACAGUGCUUUGCGUGGGCCUAGCCUUGGCUGGGUGCCACUUCUGUGGCUCCUGUAGUACUGGUAUAAUACACUAAAGUAGGGGCGCCUGGGUGGCACAGCGGUUAAGCGUCUGCCUUCGGCUCAGGGCGUGAUCCCGGCGUUAUGGGAUCGAGCCCCACAUCAGGCUCCUCCGCUAUGAGCCUGCUUCUUCCUCUUCCACUCCCCCUGCUUGUGUUCCCUCUCUCGCUGGCUGUCUAUCUCUGCCGAAUAAAUAAAUAAAAUCUUAAAAAAAAAUACACUAAAGUAAUUUGCGUCCAUCUCCUCCUCUAGUCUCCUUGCUUUUCCCUCCUCCAAACAAUUUUUAAUGCAUACUGCAGUUAUCUACUGUUAGAACCAGACUACCUUAGGUAUGACUUCUUUUCUCCCGGCCCCGACAUUCCUAGAGGAAGGCCUACUAUGUGUCAAGCAACAUAACCGUAAUUUUCAGAUUGUGGUAAACUUAAAUGGAGGGUAUAAUAAAAAGGAGCAAAGGGCAACGUUACAUAAUUUGCCAGGGAAUGCCUUAUUAAGGAGG